AGUGUUUUAAUGUAAAUUAAGACCAAAUAUUGUGGUUUAAAAUUUUCCCAGCAACAUGUAUAUUAGAUAAAAUUUCCUUUAAACGCUGGUAUGUUACACUUCUCCACAGACAACAUGAAAUCACCACCUGCUAGCAACCAGAUACUCAUAAUUUGUUGAGAGAUUGAGGUACCUACUGUACUUCCAUUCCAAAAUUUCAAGAGGCUUCUGCUUAGGAAAUAAAUGAAUUUUCCCACCUCACAAUAAUCAUUACAGGGUAGAACAGUUUAAUUACACAAUUAUUUUUUAAAAGGAUGAUUCCCUGCCCCCCCUUCUUCAACCCCUCUCUCUUCCCUUCCCGCUACAGACCUCUUUCCUCCCUCUUACUCCCCUUGUUUUAGUUCUCAGGGUGCUGCCCCCCUGAAGUCUCGCCCCCUGGCGACAACUCAGGCAGGCAGCGUCUGGCGGCUAUCUCUUUAAGUGACAGCUGUGGUUAGAGUCCCAAUCCAGGGCUUGACGUCAGUGCAGCUUCCCUGGGCAGAGAAGAGCUGGUAGUGCUGCCGUCUGUGCCUGUGGUCUGUGCCUGUGGCUUGCCUUGCGCGCUUGCUCGCUCCCUCUCCUCAUUGCCGAGGAGGCGAGUUACAGUUUGCUCCAGCUCCUCCUCCCUCUCCUUGGCUGAGAGCGGAGCAGCAGCCCAAGUCUCUCACACUUACCCCUAGAGCAGGAAAGGAGCAGCUGUUACUAUAUUGCUGCUGCAACAGCGUUGGCACUACCGUCCCUUCCUGCUCUGCCCGCUCCUAUGGAGACUGGGGGCCACCGCCGGCGCCUCUACAAACACUGAACUGGGCUGCCCCAGUUGGACAAGCGAGAGCUAAACUGGGAGGAGGGCUUCGGGGCACCUAGGCGCAAACAGGGGCAAGAGGGCGUGACGGUGGCGGGAGGGGGAGGGUGUGGGCAGCAAAGUGGUCCAGGAGAGAUAAAGUCGGGUGUUACCAGGGGGUCGCUUGGCAGACAGGGGUGAUGACCAUGGCUCUGAAGGACACGGGCACUGGAGGCAGCACUAUACUGCCUAUCAGUGAGAUGAUUUCUUCCACCUCUCCAGCGGCGGCCGCCGCCACCUCCUUCACGGGUCCCUGUGCUCCCUCUCCAUUCCCCGAGGUGGUGGAGCUGAAUGUCGGGGGCCAGGUCUAUGUGACCAAGCACUCGACUUUGCUCAGCGUCCCGGACAGCACUUUGGCUAGCAUGUUCUCGCCGCCUAGUCCCCGGGGCGGCGCCCGGCGCCGCGGGGAACUACCCAGAGACAGUCGGGCGCGCUUCUUCAUUGACCGUGAUGGCUUUCUCUUCAGGUAUGUGCUGGAUUACCUGCGGGACAAGCAGCUCUCGCUGCCCGAACACUUCCCAGAGAAGGAGCGGCUCUUGCGGGAGGCCGAGUACUUCCAACUGGGCGACCUGGUUAAGCUGCUGUCGCCUAAGGUGACCAAACAGAGUUCGCUCAACGACGAGGGUUGCCAGAGCGACCUGGAGGACAACCUGUCUCAGGGCAGCAGCGAUCUGCUCCUGCUACGGGGCGCCGCCUCGGCCGCCGCAGCCCCUGGCCCGGGAGGCAUUAGCAGCGGCUCCCUGCUGGAUAAGCGCUCGGGCUUCCUCACGCUGGGCUACCGGGGCUCUUACACCACGGUGCGGGAUAACCAGGCAGACGCCAAAUUCCGCCGCGUGGCGCGGAUCAUGGUGUGCGGGCGCAUCGCCCUGGCCAAGGAGGUCUUUGGGGACACGCUGAACGAAAGCCGGGACCCUGACCGCCCCCCAGAAAAGUACACAUCCCGCUUCUAUCUCAAGUUCACCUAUUUGGAACAGGCGUUCGACCGGCUGUCAGAAGCUGGCUUCCACAUGGUGGCGUGUAACUCCACUGGCACUGCCGCCUUCAUCAACCAGUAUCGGGAUGACAAGAUCUGGAGCAGCUAUACGGAGUACAUCUUCUUCAAAAGAAAAUCAAGGAAGAGGAGAGAACACAAAAUCAUCAAGGAAGGAGAGGACAGAAAGACAGAGACAGAAAAACUGAGACAGACAGAGACAGACAGACAGAGACUGACUAGGGCCACCCCAGAAAACCGUGUCACCCAAGCAAGAACAUGAAGAUAGGAAGCAGGACAAAGUCACAGACAAAGGAAGUGAAAGCGGGACUUCCUGUAAUGAGCUCUCUACUUCCAGUUGUGAUAGUCACUCAGAAGCCAGCACUCCACAAGAAAACCCAGCAAAUGCCCAGCAGGCAGCAGCACACCAACCAAAUACUUUGACAUUGGAUCGUCCCUCCAAAAAGGCACCUGUGCAGUGGAUGCCACCACCAGAUAAACGUAGGAACAGUGAACUCUUUCAGACCCUCAUUAGCAAGUCUCGAGAAACGAAUCUUUCUAAAAAGAAGGUGUGUGAGAAGCUGAGUGUGGAAGAAGAGAUGAAAAAAUGCAUUCAGGAUUUUAAAAAAAUCCACAUCCCAGAUUAUUUUCCAGAACGCAAACGCCAGUGGCAAUCGGAACUGUUACAGAAGUAUGGGUUAUAGUAAUCGUCUGCUUCAUAAAAUAUUUCAAGUAAUAUACAAUGUUGAUUCAGUUACUAAUACCUGACUGAUGUCUUCCUUAUGGUCUAUUCUGCAGUUGGUGUGGUCCUUGCUGCUCCUCUUUCUGUAAACAGUAGAUGGUGGACAGUCCUUGGUUUUGUUUUGUUUUUCUAAAAAAUGAAAAAAAAUUAAUGGAAAUGAAACAAAUGCAGAUACAAAAUGAAAAAAUGACGUGUCUGAUCUAAAGCAGUUUGUAAGUGUGAAGUAGAAAUGUGCAUGAUGAAGAAUCUUGGAAUCUUGACUUUCAAGCUCUAGUCAACUGGACAUCUUUGUCAUUUUGUAGUCCAUCAAACAACAGUCAUCCUAUCACCCCAUGUUAUGUCACUAAUAAACAUGACUUAAUAUGGAUGAAGUAACAUGAAGUAUAAAAUAUUAGAAGAUGGUUACAGAACCCAAUUCCCAACUGUCUCAUUGUUAAUGCAAUAAAGCAAAUUUCUCUUUUGCAUGAGCACAAUGUUAAAAUUAAGUUGCACACAAAAAGGAAAGACCAGUAUGUUGCUUGGAUAAAUACUUUUUUUUUUUCAGGCCAAGCUGAUAAAUUUAAUGUGUGUUGGGGAUUGAAAUCAUUUUGUUUCAGAGCUGUGGUUUUCCUGUGUGUAUGGUGUUCUCUAUGUAAAGAUGGUGUAAAUAUGCCUUAUACUGUUUUAUUAUGGCACCAACAUUCAUCUAUUAGUGCUCGUCAGGAUUAUUUCUGUGAAAUGCAAAUGUUGCAGCAGAUUGUGAAAAUUGGUCUGAUGGUAUUCUGAAAGUUCCUAUUUAUCAUGUAAGUCAACAAAAUUGGUCAAAUGGAAAAAGAGCUUAAUGUGUUUAUUAAAAAGGAACAUGUGAUAGAA